UCCUGCCCCUAUACAGAAGCACUGGGUUCCUACGUGGGAGAAGCCGUGAUCACUACAAGUCCCAGACGCCCCCGCGCUCCAGCGUAGAGAUGGCGGGGACCGGGCAGCUGGGGCUGUGGGGACUGCACUGCUGCACGUGGAGGGUGUGGGGCCCCUGGGCCCGGCUCAGCGGUGCGCGGGGUUUAGCGGGCCCGGCGCGCGGAUUGUCCCCCCUGGACACGCACGUGCCCCGGGACCUGCUGCUGUUCCGGCACGAGCGGGCCCGCUUCUUCCGCUUGCUCGGGCUGUUCUGCACGGGGCAGUUCACGUUCUGGGCGUACCUGGCGCACUUCGCCUUCAGCGAGCUGCGGCCCGCAGGGCGGCCCGCGGCCAGCGCCCGGCUCGCGCCCACCUUGCCCGGCGGGGCCUCGAUCAACCCGACCUCCAACAAGUGGCGCUACGGAUUCACCGUGUCCUGUCUGACCGUAGGUUCACUGAUCGUGGCUGCCGGCUUUGUGUAUUCACGCCGCUCAGUGUGGCAGGUCGUGCUGCGCCAGGGGGGACGGGAUGUGACCCUCAGCACCUACUAUCCCUUCGGGCUGAGCUCGUCUUUCACUGUGCCCCUGCGCCAGGUCUCCUGCAUGGCUCAUCGUUCUGAGGUGCCUGCCAUGAUUCCCCUCAAGGUUAAGGGUCGGCCCUUUUACUUCCUUCUGGACAAGCAGGGCCAGGUUUACAACCCACAGCUUUUUGACCUCACCGUGGGGGCUUACAGGAAGCUGUGAUGGGGGGGGAAUGAGGGUGCUUCACACUGCUCAAGGAUCCUGGAGGGUGGUCGCUGGACAGUUAGAGAAGAGUCCCCAGAUUGGGGGCAAUGGACAGAUUCACACCACACCAACCUCCUGCCUUUCCCCGAGGACAGCAGGGCCCAGCCCCAUUGAAGGGGGCACUACGUCCUGGGGGGAUGGGGCUCCAAUUGUGUGCUUUUGAAAUAAAUGUGAAACUGUGAGCA